CAAAAACAAAGAGAACCUUUCUUUGGAUUAUACUAGUCUCCAUAUCUAUCCUAAUAUGGCUUCUGUUCUUCUUCCCUCUAGUGUUCAACAUUAUAAUAGAAACAAUUCAGAAACUGAUAGGAGCUCUAGCAGCAUAGACAUAACUAAAGCUGUGGUCGAAAUUGAAACGGUGAAUCGAAUUCCGAACCGCGGAAGUAGAACUACCUCCGGGGCGGCGGUUGAAACGGCGGUAGAAGGCGGAGUUUGCUUGACGUGGGAGGAUCUGUGGGUGACGGUUUCCAGUAGAGCUGGAAAGAACCGUAACAGACCGAUCCUUCAAGGUCUAACGGGCUAUGCCCGGCCAGGGGAACUAUUGGCUAUAAUGGGUCCUUCUGGUUCUGGCAAGUCUACUCUUCUUGACGCAUUAGCAGGACGAUUGAGUUCAAAGACAAGGCAAAGUGGGGAGAUUCUGAUAAAUGGACAUAAACAGACUCUGGCUUAUGGUACUUCGGCCUAUGUAACACAAGACGAUACUUUGAUGACAACCUUAACGGUGGGGGAAGCAGUACACUACUCAGCUCAGCUUCAACUCCCGGAUUCCAUGCCGUUAUCGGAGAAGAAGGAGAGAGCGAACGGGACGAUAAAAGAGAUGGGCCUGCAAGACGCCAUCAACACUCGCAUCGGCGGGUGGGGAGCGAAGGGCAUCAGCGGCGGGCAGAAGAGGAGAGUCAGCAUCUGCAUUGAGAUCCUCACGCGCCCGAAGCUUCUAUUCCUUGACGAGCCGACGAGCGGCCUCGACAGCGCCGCUUCUUACUAUGUCAUGAGCAGAAUCGCUGGCUUGGAUCAGAGUGACGGAGUCAGGAGAACAAUUGUGGCUUCCAUUCACCAGCCGAGCUCUGAAGUCUUUCAACUUUUCGACAGUCUUUGCCUUCUUUCUGCUGGUAAAACAGUGUAUUUUGGUCCUGCUUCUGAAGCAAAUGAGUUUUUUGCUUCAAGUGGUUUUCCUUGUCCGACUCUCCAAAAUCCAUCAGACCACUUUCUGAAAACCAUAAACAAGGAUUUUGAACAGCAGGAUAUUGAGAGUGGAAUGGUUGGAGUUACAUGCACAGUAGAAGAAGCCAUUGAUACGCUUAUGAAGUCUUAUAAAGCUUCUGAAGGUUACAAGCAAGUUCGAAGACACGUAGCUGACAUAUCCAAUAAACAGGAUUAUCGUGCAGUGGAGAUCAAGAUAAGAAGCCAUGCUAGCUUCCUCAAUCAGUGUUUGGUUCUUACAAGGCGAUCUUUCAAAAAUAUGCAUCGGGAUUGGGGCUAUUAUUGGUUGCGCAUAGUUAUAUAUGUCUCACUUUCUCUAGGUCUGGGCACUCUGUAUUACGAAAUUGGCUCUGAUUAUGAAUCCAUUCAGUCAAGAGGUUCACUACUCAUGUUUGUAGCUUCAUUCUUAACGUUCAUGACCAUUGGUGGAUUUCCUUCCUUUGUGGAAGACAUGAAGGUAUUUGAACGAGAAAGACUAAAUGGACACUACAGCGCAACAGCAUUCGUGAUAGGCAACACACUUUCUUCUCAGCCAUACCUGCUGUUAAUUUCCCUUAUUCCCGGAGCGCUAACCUAUUAUCUCCCGGGACUUCGAAAAGAUUACCAACACUUCUCCUACUUCAUCUUGGUUCUCUACGUUUGCAUGAUGUUGGUAGAAAGCCUAAUGAUGAUCGUCGCGAGUCUCGUUCCAAACUUCCUCAUGGGAAUUAUCGCGGGCUCCGGAAUUCAAUGCUUCAUGAUUUUGGGAGGCGGCUUUUUCCGAUUGCCCGGAGAUCUUCCCAAACAGUUUUGGAGGUACCCUUUGUUCUACGUCGCUUUCCAUCGGUAUGCUUACCAGGGUUUGUUCAAGAAUGAGUUUGAAGGGUUGGUGUUUCCAAAUAAUGAACUUGGAGGAGGAGCCACAAUAACUGGAGAAGAGAUUUUAAAGAGUAAAUGGCAGGUAAAUAUGAGCUAUUCUAAGUGGGUUGAUCUUGCGGUGUUGUUGGGAAUGGUUGUUUUCUAUAGGGUUCUGUUUUUGGCGAUUGUUAAGACUGCCGAAAGAGUUAAGAGUUUUAACAUGUCUUUUCCGACGAUCCGACGCAAUCACAGCAUACAGAUUGUGGAAAAUCCUAUAGCUACACCAUUGCACGCGGAGAAAUAGCGUGCAAUAUUAUUUCAUGCAUUAUUCACGUAUAUUUUUAAGAUGCAAAAGUAUGAUGAACCUAGGGUUAAGGACAAAAACAUGCAGACAAUGAAGCUAGUUUGUAGGGUAUAUGUACUAAUUUAUGAAAUGGGGAGAAGAAUGUUAAUAUCUUUGUCGGUUAAAACGUUGAAGAGUUUGAAAAUGUGUGCGCAUAAGGACUAAUGAUGUUUUAUCUGAUUAAUAUUGUAUUUUUUAACGUUGUUUAUGAAUUCAAUUACGUACACGAAUUCACA